UCAAAACGUUUUAAGUUAAAAUUUGUGUCAUUAUUAAAAUUUAUGCGAUAGUUAACAAUUAAUAUUCUUCUAGUUAUUCAUGUUUAUUUUCAGUUAAUUUUUUUCUAAUUAUAUAAAAAUUAUAAGUUUAAAAGGUCAAAUAUCAAUUUUUGUUAAUUAUUAUCAACUGUGAAACUUGUAUAAAAAUUCGCGAUAGUUACGCAAAAAAAAAUUAAGUGUUAUUGAGUUGGAAUUUCCGAUAAAAAAAUGAAUGAAAAGAAUGCGUCUACUGAAAAAUUAUGGGGAGGAAGAUUUACUGAAAAUAUUAGUUCCACAUUAAAGAAAUUAAAUUCUUCUAUUGAGAUUGAUAAACGAAUGUAUUUUGAGGAUAUUAAGGGUAGCAUUGCUUAUUCAGAAUCACUCUACGAUGCUAAAAUAUUAACACUAGAAGAAUAUAAAUCCAUAACUGAAGGUUUAAAAAAAGUUCAAUUUGAAUGGGAUAAUAAUGAGUUUGAAAUAAAAGUAGAUGAUGAAGAUAUUCAUACUGCCAAUGAACGAAGACUGACAGAGCUAAUUGGUAGUACUGCACGAAAAUUACACGUGGGAAGAAGUAGAAAUGAUCAAACAACAACAGACACAAAAAUGUGGCUGAGAAAAUCAAUUGAUUCAAUUUCUACCAUUAUGAUUGAUAUGAUUCAGAUGCUUGCAAUGAGAUCUGAGAAAGAAAUAGAAAUUUUGAUGCCAGGCUACACACAUUUACAAAGAGCACAACCAGUUCGUUGGAGUCACUGGCUAUUAAGUCACACUUGGAGUUUAAAAAAUGAUGUCGAUAAACUUCAUCAACUGAGGCAAAAUUUAAAUAUUAGUCCUUUGGGAAGUGGGGCUUUAGCUGGCAAUCCCCUUGGAAUUGAUAGGACAAAAUUAGCAUUAAAACUUGAAUUUGAUUCUGCUACUUCAAAUAGUAUGCAUGCUGUUGGAGAUCGCGAUUACGUAGCUGAAUUUUUAUUCUGGGCUUCACUAACUUCAAUACAUUUGAGCAAAAUUGCCGAGGAUGUAAUUAUUUAUAGCAGUGAAGAAUUUAAAUUCAUAAAAUUAUCGGAUUCAUUUUCCACUGGCAGUAGUUUAAUGCCACAAAAACGUAAUCCUGACAGUAUGGAAUUAAUUCGGGGAAAAACUGGCACAAUUCUUGGAAAAUGUUUUGGCUUUAUGGCAACAUUAAAAGGCACACCUUCAACGUACAAUAAAGAUUUACAAGAAGACAAAGAAGCGCUUUUUUCAACAUUUGAUAUUUUAAUGGAAAUGUUGAAAGUUGCAAAUGAGGCUUUAAAAACGUUAAAAGUUAAUGCAAAUAAAUGUCGAGAUUCAUUGAAUUAUAACAUGUUGGCAACUGACAUAGCUUAUUAUCUUGUGAGGAAAGGGAUUCCCUUUCGCGAUGCUCAUCAUAUAGUUGGUAGAAUUGUUUCAACUGCCGAAAACAAAGGAAUAGCAAUUCAAAAUUUAACCUUGCAACAAUUGCAAUUAUUUUCAUCAGCUUUUGACACAGACGUAAAUAAUAUUUGGAAUUUCGAAAAUAGUGUUGAACAAUAUAAAACUGAGGGAAGCACAUGUUUAUCCGCAGUUCGUGAGCAAAUUAAAACUCUGCGAAAUUGGUUAAAAAAAAAAAAUGAGUAUGUAAAAUAAAAAUAAUUUCUAUAUUGAAAAAAGAAAAAUAUAUAUAUAAUAUUAUAUUAAUAUAUAAUUUGGUACAGAUUAAAAUAAAUCAUUGUCAAUAGAUUUAUAAGCUAUAUUUCUCAAGAAGGCCAAUGAUAUGUAAAAAUACAUUUAUAUAUAUUUAUAUAUAGAUUUAUAUAUAAUAUAUAUAUAUAUUAUCUAUGUACAAUACUCUAUUAAAUGUCAGGUGCAGCAACCAAGAUAUACACAUACUAUACAUAUAAUUACAUUUUAAGUUUUUAAAAAGACCAUAUGCUCAUACCUAUUAGAAGGUUUCACCUGUCUUUGUAGGUUAAAAAUAAAUUUUAAGAUCUUUAAUGUUUCA